CAAAGGUGACUUAGAGCCGCUUCAUUAGGGGAGCGCCCUCCCGGGCGGGCCCUAAUGGCGUGUUUGGCAGAGUCAGCGAAACGCAGCGCGCAGCGGCUAGGCGGCGGGGGAGCGCCCUCUCCCGCGCCCUCGCCAUCUCCCGCGCCGGACAGCGGCGCGCACGGGGCCAUUUGCAGCGCAGGCAGACUUGCGAGCGGCCGCGGCGCGCUGGUGGGGAGCGAAGUGGAACCAUGGCGCUGAAGAAAGACAGCAACGCCGUGUCUAUUGACAUGCUGCUGAUCGUGCACUCGGAGAAGCGGCGCGCCGCGCAGGGCACGCACUCGGACCGGCAGGCGGACCCGGGCGCACUUCCGCAGUGCAGAGGAGGAAACCUGGCAGAAAAGCAGCAUCCUCAGCAGACCCAGGUCAUCACUUCCUACGACAACCAAGGGACACAGCUGACCGUGGAGGUCCACCCUCGAGAUGCCAUGCCCCAGAUGCUCAAGAAGUUUUCCUUGGCUAAACGUUUACAAGGUGAUAAAAAUGGAAACACAAGACCCCGGCAGCCUGGAGGGAAAGAUGCCCAUGCCUACCCCUGGGAUCGGUCCAGCCUGAAAUCCAUGCCCCUGGACUUGCGACAGUUUGAGAAACUGGACGCCUAUGCCUCACAGGUGACUGUCAAGAGUGGCUUGGACGAGCUGAUGGAUGACCUGCUCCAGGAGGCCCACAGUGACCUAGAGAGGGUCCGUGCGAUCUGGAUCUGGAUCUGCCACCACAUAGAAUACGACAUCGAGGCUGCCCAGGAGAAGGACCGCCAGGCCUUCAAACCCAGCAACAUCCUGCGAACCCAGAAGACCAACUGUGAUGGCUACGCUGGGCUCUUUGAGAGAAUGUGCAGAAUCGCUGGAGUACAGUGCAUGACCGUGCCUGGCUACUCCAAGGGCUUUGGCUACCAGACGGGGCAGCGCUUCUCUGGGGAGUUUGACCACGCUUGGAAUGCUGUGUACCUGGAAGGGAGAUGGCACCUGCUGGACAGCACCUGGGGCAGUGGCCUGGUGGACACCACGACCUCCAAAUUCACCUUCCUCUACAAUGAAUUCUACUUCCUGACCCACCCUGCGCUGUUCAUCGAGGACCACUUCCCAGACAACAAGAACUGGCAACUGCUUAAACCUCCUCAAUCCCUGCGGCAGUUUGAGAACAACAUGUAUCACAAGAGUGAAUUCUACAACAAGGGGAUGCUGAGUGCCCGCCCGGAGACGCCCGUGAUCAGAACAGUGAACGGGAAGGCCACGAUCACCAUGGAGAGCUGCGCCCCGACGCUGUUCAUGUUCAUGCUCAAUGGCAAGCAGGAGCACGGGCUGCUGAGCCUCCAGAAGAACGGGAUGAAGCUGGAUGUCUACCCCCCAACCAUGGGCACCCACAAGCUGCAGAUCUUUGCCAAAGGCAACUCUGACAUCUACAGCUCGGUGCUGGAGUACACGCUCAAGUGUAACUAUGUGGACUUGGGUGUCCGGCUGCCAGCCGAGUUGCACCAGCCUGUGGGCCCCAGCUGGUUCUCGGAGCAGAUGGGCAUCCUGAAGCCGUCCCACCCUGACCCCAUCAUCCACACCAGCGAUGGGCGCUGCUCCGUCAGCUUUGGCCUGGAGGAGGGCAUCAGCGUCCUGGCUUCCCUGCAUGGGGACGAUGGCCCCAUCACCGAGGAGACACAGCGGCGCUACAUCUUCCAGCUGCACCGGGAGAAGCGGAUGGAGCUGAAAGUCCAGCUGCCCCAUGCUGGCAAGUUCGCCCUCAAGAUCUUCGUCAAAAAGAGGCAGGAACCGGGCAACUAUGUCUUCGUCUUCAAUUAUCUCCUGUGCUGCUCCAACACCAAGGUGAACUGGCCCAUGUUCCCUGAGAGCUUUGGCAACUGGGGGCAGGACAAUGAGCUGCUGGAGCCUCUGUCGGGCGUGCUUCCUGCCAACCGGAAUGUCCCAUUCAAGUUGAAGCUGCACGGUGUCGCCAAAGCCCUAGUGAAGGGACAGGACACAUGGCCCCUGACCCUGAACGGCGAAGGCUACUGGGAGGGCAGCUGCAGCACAGCCGGCUGCCAAGAAGUCUACGUCAUGGUGCUGGAGAACGCCAACCACAACUUCUAUUCCUACAUCCUGAAAUACAAAGUGAACAACCAGUGAGGGCCCGUGCCCGGUCACCCUCCAGGGAGGGCCCACGGGAAGUGCAGCGAGCCCUGGACACCACUGAGUCUGCAUGAAAUCGCUUCUCGGCCUCUGCCUCCGUCUCCCUCCUCCGCCGCAGGAGCUGUGUGUUCUGAUGGCUUCACUCCACUGUGGCGAUGGCCGAGGGGACAGAGGCAAAGGCCCUUGAGAAGAAAAAGGUGCUAUGUAAAUCCAAGGUAUUGUAAACUGUACACCCCUGCCCACCUGCCCCCUUCUCAUAUUAAUGCUGUUGUUGUUGUUAUAGGCUUGAUGUGGGAAAGCAGGGUGUGGCCCAGGCUGAGAGCUCUUCACGUGAUGGUGAGAGAAUAAAUUCUGCCGCGGGCCCGAGAGGGACGUGAUUUGUGAUUUGCAAGGCUGUCAUCGUGAAUCACAGAGCCCCUUCCCAGGAGCAUCACAAGUUUCUCACCCACCCGUGCACCCCAGGGCAGGUUGGACUAUCAUUUUCUCCCCAGACCCUACGUCUUCCGCAUUCCUGCUGCCUCUUCAUUAGGUGCUUCUUGCUCUCCGAGAGCCCUGGGGGAAAAGAAGGUUGGAGAGGAAGCUAGCGCACCCCUCCCCAUUGGUUGGGUGCUGGUGGCCCCCACAAUCCCUGUGCAUGCUGGGAAUGUGGCAACAGAGAAAUUACGAGGAGAUUGCAAAGCAGAGAGAAGCCAGUGCCCACUCUUGGGUGUCCUGGGUAAGGGCACCAUGGCAGUCCUGCACCCUGAGUCUGCGGGACAAGGCCUCCGACUCUGCUCUCACAGGACGCUGUGGACAGCUGGGUCAGUGGGGCUGACCUUGCAGGCCCUUUCCAAGCCUGCACGCUGCUCAGGGAGCCUCAGGAGGCCUGCCUGACCCUGGGAGCCCUGUUAAUAACCCUAAAUACAGACCUGGGCAGGGAGGCCAGGUGAGAGAGCGGUGCAACGCUGCAAUGCCAGGGAGACUCCCCACAUAAUAGGGCUCUCCAGGCGCCCAGGAGUCCCCGCCAACAAAGCCACAGCUGGGGGAACCUCCACCUGCCCUGGGAGCGGUUUUUGUGCUUGGCCCUAUCCCAAGCACAAAACUGUCCUUUCCUCCCUUUCUCUGACAAGAGAGACCCUCAGGAUCCCAACUUCUGUGGGGACAGUUCAGAGCCCCUUGCUUGCUCAGGAUGGAAAAGCCUCAACUGCCCAGCUGGCCCUCAGCAGCACCUCGGGCAGGCGUUGCCAUGGCUACAGCAGAAAGGCUAGCUCCUGUGAGGGCAGUGGAGAGGGGAGGAUGGAGAAUGCCAUGCGUGGCCGACACAACACCAUCCCAGCACACCGAUACACCCAAGGUGGUCCCUGCUGACCUCCUGGCUUCUCCAGCUCUGUGUCCACUGCCUGUCUCAGUUCCCCCUGCCCCUGAGAGCCAGCACUGCCGAGGACUCUGCCUCCCCUCCUGCUCCAGUUGCCCCCAGGGCUCAGCUACAGCCAGGGCCCGCCAGGAAUCCUCACAGCCUCCUCUGCCUUUAUGGUCUCAUUUAUGUAUUUAACCAAUGUUUGCAGGGCACUUAAUAAGCACCAGCCACUGUGUUACAUGCUGGGGCUACAGAAGGAACAAAGAAGGCCCUGCCCCUGUCACCCAGAGCGUAGGGUGGGCAGCAGCAGCAGCAUCAUCCUCACCCCGGCCUGUCUGAAGUUCCAGGCUCCCAACACUUCAAUCCAUCACGCCCCUGAGCUCCCUCCCCAAAGGACCCUAGCCCAGAGCGAUGUUGCAGCAGUGCCCACCCCCCCACCAGGCUAAGGCCCUGGAACUCGAGGGGAGUGCCCCCAUGGUGCGGCUGAGCUACCCUGGCCUGUGUCCAGUGCCUUCUGGCAGGCUCUGCCACCCGGGCAUUCAGCACCAUGUCACUCGCCUGGAAAACGCACAAAGGCCCCAGAGAAGGAACCGCUGUGCAUAAAGACAGGGAAACAAGGGGAGUUUUUACACCCUGAAAACAGCCUUUUCUCACACCUUUGAUUUUAUGAGCUGAAAGAAAUGUGCUGUUUCAUCAAAAUAAUAAGUGCCUUCAAUGACGCAUGUCAUUCACUGGGCCCAGAGCUGGCUGCCUUCUGCUGAGAAGGACACGCAUCUUUUUAGAAACAAUGUACUUAAUCAAUAUAUUCUGGAGCAUGCAAAGGAUGCCACCCAGCAAAACAGGAGCUGUCCGGAGAACCGGGGACAGAGGCCCGGCCUCUCCAAGUGCCUGCAGAGCAUCCGCGUACCCCUCCCUCACCGUUCAAUCAGGCACCCCACCCCCUUUGUAAAGACAGCUAUAGACACAGAAAAUCACGUGCAUUUUUUUCCACUGAAGUAAAAAUACAUGAAAUGAAAUCCCAUAGUUAUGAAUUUUUACACGCAUGCUGCUCAGGGUAGAAUUUGGGGUUGCAUUUUGAAGUCUUUUAUUCAAACCCCAUCUUUGUUUCCUGGUCCACUAGAGUCCCAGCGGCCGGCGGAAUGGCACGGGCGCCCCCUGGUGUCCAACGUGCAGAACUGCCGUCGCUGCACACCGUGAGGCUGAACCUACCGCCAGGGUUUUUCCACAGAAUUUGAAAAAAUGCUGCUGAGAUGUUUUUGUUAAAUUCAUUUGGUGCUCUCUCGUGGCUUCUCAGUGCUUUCUCGUGUGUACACCGAGCACAUUUUUGCCACGCACAAGCUGUGAAGCGAGCCUGGGGGACUGCCUGGCGAGAAGACACAGAAUGUAAUAGGAUUUGGGCGCGCUUGGUCCGGAACACUGGGCAUAGGACUGGAUGGGACAUUUUCGACCAAACUCAGUACUAUGCCAGUGAAGGAUUAAAGCGGAUCAAACUCGGAGGCAAGUCCUGGGAUGGCCAUUCCUCAGGCCACAGGCGGAAGGGUGUGGUGGGUUCGAAAGGGAGGAAGAGUGCUGGAGUAAAUGGGCUGCACAACCACAACUGCAAUUAACGUCUUUUCAGCUCGUUUGGGAAGCGACACCAGCACAGCUGGACUCCGUUUUCAGUCUGAUUAUAAUCAUUGUGAGUUCCCCAUAUGUUACAUUGUCCCGCCAGGACAAGCUCUGCACACACAGCCUGCUGAGAUUAAAGGGAAAUAAAUAGAAUAACUGAAGCAUGAAGGAUUCAGGCUAGACAGAAAGAACUAUUUCCUGUUGUUAAGCAAGAGGAACAAGUUCCCGAGAAAGUUUUGUGAAAUCCUUUUCUCAAAGGACUUGGAAAGUGGAAAAGUUUUCCCACUGGUCUGAGGUUUUAGAAGCCACGCUAACUGCAAGAACUAGACUCUCUCCAUACCAGUUAAGCUUGAAACACACGUGAUCGCCUACAGCAAACACAGGAUGAACGGUUCUGCCGCAGCCUUCGCUAUUGGCAAAGUGUUCAGAGGUGGUGCGCUUGUGUCAUGCAUCAGUUUAUCUGCGUUCUAUCAUUUCUUUUCCUUUGGAAUGAGCAGUUGGACAUCUUAAGAGGUGAUUGCUUUUCAUAACGCGUGCACUGAGUUGUGUGGGCCAGUGGCUGUUGGGUACGCUUUUCCCACAUUGUUGCGGGUGUUGUUUUUCAAUAAAAUUUAUAUUCAUUUUUAUCCAACAA